AUGGGUGGAAUACCAGUCCCUGGUCGCACAGUACCUACUACUCGAAUCUUUGAGUUAUAUAUUUCAUCAUGUGUACCCAGUUCAAAAAAAUCUGCUACCCUCGAUUAUAUUAAUAAUUUACUUGAAAAUUUUGAUUCGGAGGAACUUGCGAAUAAAAUAUAUAAUUCGUUAUUUUAUGCAGUUGGUGAUGUAGAUCUCAAAAAACUUAUGGGAAAAUGGUUUACAGUUAAUGAAUUAAUUAAUCAAGACCAACACACUGGGACAUUCACUACUAAGCAAUAUUCAAAAAAUAAUGAUGAUAUAUUAAUAAUCGAAGGACAUGGGAAGAAAAUUGGGUCCGACCCAGGAGAACUGCUAAUAAAUUUUGGAUAUCCAGAUGAUCCAUGUCCUUGUGAGUCAAUUUUUUUUCAUAUUUGCAAAUGGAGAUACCGUGCUUUAUUAUGCAGCAUAGAAUGUUAA